AUGACAACACUCGACGCAUUAAUAAACAAAGCUACUGAUGCAACACUCACUUCAGAUAACUGGCAGUACAUUCUUGAUGUGUGCGAUAAGAUAUCUUCCAACCCUGAAUUGGAAACUAGUAGAGCGGUCAACUUGCUAAAGACAAAAAUCACAUCCACAAAGGAUGCCAAUACUAUAUUAAGAUCCCUAUCAUUAUUGGUUGCCAUUGCUGAAAAUUGUGGAUCUCGUAUGAAGCAGGAAAUUGCUAGUAAAUCUUUUCUUGAAGAUUGCCUAAUCAAGAAAUUACUGGAUAAGAAGCUACACAUUACAGUCAAGUAUAGAAUAAUUGAAGUUCUCGAACAAUUGAAUAGAAGCUUUAAGUCAGAUCCAUCGUUGAAACCAAUGAAUGAUGCAUAUAACAAAGUGAAAACAGAGUAUCCUCAGUAUAUCAAAGCUCAACAGGGUCCUAGUAAGCCAGCAAAGCAGGAAAGGACACAACAGGAUAAAAACAAGGAAGAUGAAGAAUUACAAAGGGUAUUGAAAUUGUCAUUACAGGAAUACGAAAAUGAGCAGAACUUGAAGAAACAGUAUUUGAACAAUAAGCCCUUGCCUGAGUCGCAACCACAACCACAACAACAACCACAGCCACAACCGGAGCAACAACGGGCAGCAUCCCCAGCUGGAUCAGAUGCUGAGCAAACAGUUGCAACCGUAUCAAAAGUUAGGGCGUUGUACGAUUUGAUAUCGUAUGAAGAAGAUGAGCUUUCUUUCAGAAAAGGUGACGUGAUUACCGUCAUUGAAUCGGUUUAUAGAGAUUGGUGGAGAGGGUCUUUACCAAAUGGUAAAAUUGGCAUUUUCCCUUUAAACUAUGUCACCCCAAUUGUCAAUAAAACCCCUCAAGAGUUGGCACGAGAAAACGAAAUGGAGAACAGGUUGUUAAACGUUGAUCAAAAACAAAUUGACCGGUUAUUGGCUGUAUUGUCGACUAAUGACAUAUCACAAAUAAACGAGGAUGAAGUUACUGAAUUAUACAACAAUGUCAUAUCAUCACGAAUUCAAUUGGGCAGUCUCAUAGAUAAAUAUAGUGUUCGUCAAGAAGAAUUGGGUGUGUUGAAUACCCAAUUGAAUACCGAGGUCAAGUCAUACAAUGAGUUAUUAGAUAAGCUGAUAAAUAACAGGUCAAAACAAGGCAACACUGGUUCCUACAACCAGCUUCCAUACCCUACUGUAUCACAUGCAGUGCCACAAAUUGUCCAACAACAACAAUCACAACCACCACCACCACCACAAACCACUGGACCUCAAUCUCGGUAUCAAAGACCAGUUCAAACUCCGGGCCCUCAAUCUCAUUACCAGCAGCAUCAGCAACAACCACAACAAGCAACAGGUCCGCAGUCUCAGUACUACCACCCACAAGCAGCACAUCCAUCAUUGCAACAACCUACGGGACAACCACAACCAGCUGGUACGCAGCAACAGCAAUAUCACCAGCAAGCACCAGAGUCUCAGUCGCAGUCGCAGUCUCAGCCCCAGCUCCAAUUCCAACAACAACAACAACCACCUUCACAUCCGCUGUAUCAGCAAAGUACAGGCUAUAAUGCUCAAUACAGUGGCGGGCAACAAUAUCCUCCCUACGCUAACCCACAACAUAUUAACCAACAAAACACUAGCGCUGGAUUUGGUAACUCUGGGUACUAA